AUGGGAGUUCUUCAACAGCUCAAACUUCUCUUUAAGAAGAAUUAUUUAAUUCGAAAACGACAGCCGGGUAUUCUUGCACUAGAAGUAUUAUGGCCAAUAUUUAUAGUAAUAAUUGUCACUGUUAUUAGACAGGGUGUUCCACCAGUGGAAAAGAAAACAUGUCACUUUCAAGAAAGGGCUAUGCCAAGUGCUGGUGUAGUACCAUUUCUCCAGACAUUUGUUUGUAAUUUAGAAAAUGAAUGUAGAACUAAAGAGGAAUUGGAAGAUGCUAAAGGUGUCACCUACAGGUAA